AUGGCGGCCGUGGCCGCCUCUGCCGCGCUGAAGCGGCUGGAUCUGCGCGACCCCGCGGCGCUUUUCGAGACACAUGGAGCGGAGGAAAUCCGCGGGUUGGAGCGCCAGGUUCGGGCCGAGAUCGAGCACAAGAAAGAGGAGCUGCGGCAAAUGGUGGGCGAGCGGUACCGCGACCUGAUCGAGGCGGCCGACACCAUCGGCCAGAUGCGCCGCUGCGCCGAGGGGCUGGUGGACGCCGUGAAGGCCACCGACCAGUACUGCGCCCGGCUCCGCCAAGCCGGCUCGGCCGUCCCCCGGCCGCCGCGGGACCCACAGCCCCAGCAGCCGUCCCAGGAGAAGUUCUACAGCAUGGCUGCCCAGAUCAAGCUACUCUUAGAAAUUCCCGAGAAGAUCUGGAGCUCAAUGGAGGCCUCCCAGUAUCUGCACGCCACACAGCUCUACCUGCUUUGCUGCCACCUUCACAACCUGCUCCAGCUGGAUUCCUCUAGUUCCCGGUACAGCCCGGUCCUCUCACGGUUCCCCAUACUCAUCCGGCAGGCCGCAGCGGCCGGCCACUUCCGGUCAACUAUUCUGCAUGAAAGUAAGAUGCUGCUCAAGUGCCAGGCCGUGUCUGACCAAGCUGUAGCAGAGGCCCUGUGCUCCAUAAUGCUCUUAGAAGAGAGUUCUCCUCGCCAAGCCCUAACAGACUUCCUGUUGGCCAGAAAGGCAGCUAUUCAGAAACUUCUCGACCAGCCACACCAUGGUGCCGGCAUCAAGGCCCAGGUUUGCUCAUUAGUAGAGCUGCUAGCCACCACUUUGAACCAAGCUCAUGCUCUUUUCUACACUUUACCGGAAGGUCAGCUGCCAGAUCCAUCCCUGCCAUGUGGCUUGCUCUUCUCAACUCUGGAGACCAUCACAGGCCAGCAUCCUACCGGAAAGGGUGCCGGCGUUCUGCAAGAGGAGAUGAAGCUCUGCAGCUGGUUCAAACACCUGCCGGCAUCCAUCAUCCGGUUCCAGCCAGCUCUCCGAACCCUGGCACAGCCCAUCAGCCAGGAGUACCUGAAAGACACGCUGCAGAAAUGGAUCCACAUGUGUAAUGAAGACAUUAAAAAUGGGAUCACCAACCUGCUUAUGUACGUGAAAAGCAUGAAAGGUCUCGCAGGGAUCCGCGAUGCCAUGUGGGAAUUACUUACCAAUGAAUCCACCAAUCACAGCUGGGAUGUGAUAUGUCAGCGGCUUCUGGAGAAGCCGCUCUUGUUCUGGGAGGAUCUGAUGCAGGAGCUGUUCUUUGACCGAUUACAGACUUUGACAAAAGAAGGCUUUGACUCCAUCUCCACCAGCUCCAAGGAACUGCUCAUUUCAGCCCUGCAGGAGCUUGAGGGCAACACCAGCAACUCCACUUCAAAUAAGCACCUCCACUUUGAGCACAACAUGUCUCUCUUCCUCUGGUCCGAGAGCCCCCAAGACCUGCCUCCCGACGCCGCCUGGGUCAGCGUGGCGCACCGGGGGCACUUUGCUGGCAGUGGACUCUCCAUGAAAGCACAGGCCGUUAGCCCUUGUGUCCAGAACUUCUGCUCUGCCCUAGAUUCUAAACUGAAGGUGAAGCUCGAUGACCUCCUGGCUUACCUUCCCUCUGCUGACGCGUCCCUGCCCAAGGACGUCUCCCCCGUGCCAGCCCAGAGCCGUGCCUUUGACAGGUAUGCAGAUGCCGGGACUGUGCGGGAGACGCUGCAGACUCACUCGGUGGCGUGCAUCAAGCACAUCACAGACCACAUCCGGGCAGAGCUGCAGAGCGUCGAACAGGUUGUGCAGGGGCAGCAGGAUGUCCUCAGUGGUGUCAAGUUGCAUUCAGUCCUUUUCAUGGCCAGACUCUGCCAAUCUCUGGGAGAACUGUGUCCCCACCUGAAGCAGUGCAUCUUGGGAAAGUCGGGAAGCUCCGAGAGACCAGCAAGGGAUCCCAGGGCUCUGAAAAAACAGGGAAAGGGGAAAACGCGGGAAAUAAUUCCUACGCAGGGGAAAUGGCAGGAAGUUAAGGAACUCCUCCUCCAGCAGAGCGUGAUGGGCUACCGCGUCUGGAGCUCAGCAGUUGUGAAGGUUUUGGCUCAUGGAUUCACCCAGUCGUUACUUUUAGACGACGCCGGCUCAGUGCUGGCCACAGCCACCAGCUGGGAUGAGCUAGAAAUCCAAGAGGAAGCAGAGUCUGGCAGCAGCGUCACGUCCACAAUCCGACUCCCUAUACAGCCAUCCUGGUAUGUCCAGUCCUUCCUGUUUAGCCUCUGCCAGGAAAUUAAUCGGGUUGGAGGCCACGCUUUGCCAAAAGUGACACUGCAGGAGAUGCUGAAAAGCUGUAUGGUCCAAGUGGUGGCUGCCUAUGAGAAACUAGCAGAAGAAAAACAGGUGAAGAAAGAAGGUGCCUUCCCGAUGACCCAGAAUCGGGCCCUGCAGCUGCUUUAUGAUCUGCGUUAUCUCAACAUUGUUCUGACAGCCCGGGGUGAGGAGGUGAAAAGUGGCCGCAGCAAACAGGACUCUAGAAUUGAGAAAGUGGCUGACUAUCUGGAAGCACUCAUUGACCCAUUUGACCUGGAUGUUUUCACACCACACCUCAACAGCAACCUUAAUCGCCUGGUGCAACGAACUUCUGUUCUAUUUGGAUUGGUCACUGGAACAGAGAAUCAUUUCACCCCCAGGAGCUGCACAUUCAACUCCCAAGAACCCCAUAACAUACUGCCCCUAGCGUCGAGUCAGAUCAGGUUUGGACUUCUUCCCCUGAGCAUGACAACUACCCGAAAGGCCAAAUCAACCAGCGGAAGCAUCGAAACCAAAGGCCAGGUUGUCCCCCCGGCACUCUCAAGAGCAGGUGACCCAACGCAGCCUGGCUCCUUGUUCCGACAGCUGGUCAGUGAGGAAGAAGACGCAUCCACGCCUUCAUUAUUCAAGCUAGGUUGGCUCUCUAGUAUGACUAAAUAACACGGGAACAUAUCCGUCUCUCUCUAAAUAAAUACUACAUCAUUUCUGCUAA